CCCUCCCUCGCCGAGGAAGCUUCCACCCGCUCGUCGCCCGCUCAGCAGCCACCUGGUCGCCAUGGCGAGUCCCGGGCGCCGCGCCUGCCGCCUGCUCCUCCCGGCGCUGCUGCUGCUGCUGCUGCUGCUCUGCGCGGCCCCGGAGCGGAGCGGCGCGCUGCACACCAAGGGCGCGCUCCCGCUGGACACCGUCACCUUCUACAAGGUGAUCCCAAAGCACAAAUACGUCUUGGUGAAAUUCGACACCCAGUACCCUUACGGGGAGAAGCAGGAUGAGUUCAAAAAGGUGGCCGAGAGUUCGGAAUCCAGCAAUGACUUGUUGGUGGCUGAGGUGGGCAUCUCAGAUUAUGGUGACAAGCAGAACAUGGAGUUGGGGGAAAAAUACAAACUGGAUAAAGACUCGUAUCCAGUUUUCUACUUGUUCCAAGAUGGCGACCUGGAGAACCCCUUGCCUUACGACGGGCAGGUCAAGGCCAGUGCUCUCCAGCGCUGGCUGAAACUCCGAGGGAUCUACAUGGGAAUGCCAGGUUGCCUGAAAAUAUUCGAUGCCUUGGCCAGCCAGUUUGUAAGUGCCACCCAAGAACCUGAGCGUCGCCAGGCUCUCCUGGAAGAGGGCCAGGAGCAUUUGGCCAAGGCCAAAGAGAGCGAACGCAAAUCCGCUGAGCAAUACAUCAAAAUCAUGGGCAAAAUCCUUGCCCAGGGGGACCCAUUCAUCCCCAACGAGAUCUCCCGGAUCACCAAGCUGAUUGACGAGAACAAGAUGAGCGACGGGAAGAAAGAGGAACUCUCGAAGCGCUUAAACAUCCUGUCUUCCUUCCAAAAGAAGUCGAACAGUGAGAAAGAAGAACUUUAACAGGGCAGGUGAAGAUGGGACACAGCAUGGGGUGAGGUCCCAACUGGUGCUCCUCGAAGCAGGCAAAAACCUCCCCUUGCUCUUUCAAAGAGGUUGCAAAUUAGCCCUUUCAUAGCCCCCUCUACCCAUCCCAUUCCUGGGGACAGAACACCCCCAACUUCACUAAGGGGACAUUCAGAGACCGCCAUAAAGUCUAAUAAACAAGGUGUUUUCAAGAUGGCGACAUUUAGAACUUCUAACUUGGAGCCUUGGCAAGCUAGUUUGGCUGGGUUGAAUCCCCUCUCCCCCCCUUCCCUCCCCCCACCCCGUUGGGAGGAAUUUGAACAUCCAAGAAAUAGGGCUCGCCCUCUGGGAGGUUUUUGUGUGUGUGUGUGUGAGAUGGAGCACCAUUUGGUCCAGGGGAAAUACGUUAAGAGAAAGUGAACCCAAAGCUACACCUGUCUCUUACUGACCAGUAUUCACCAAAAUCAGUUUUAUGGAAAGGGUACUUAAUUUGAUAAUAAAGGUUACUGGGGAAACGAACACACAAAGGCAUUUUUUUCCUCUUUUAUCACAACUUCCUUAAUAAAAUGAACCCUCCUGGUUGAACUUCUAAGAACUGA